AUGGAGGGGGAGAGCACGACGGCGCUGCUGCCGGGCUUCCUCUUCGGCGCCCUCGCUUUCCACCACUUCAGCACCGACUCAGAUUCGGAAGGUUUUCUGCUUGGAGAUGUAAAAGGUGAAGCCAAAAACAGCAUUACCGACUCUCAGAUGGAUGAUGUCGAGGUUGUGUAUACAAUUGAUAUACAAAAGCACAUUCCAUGUUAUCAACUCUUCAGCUUUUACAACGCAGCUGGAGAACUGAAUAAACCAACACUGAAGAAAAUAUUGUCAGGGUGCAAAAAGAAUGUGAUAGGCUGGUACAAGCUCAGACGUAAUACUGAUCAGACAAUGACGUUUAGAGAACAGCUUCUUCACCAGCACUUACAGUCACACUUAUCAAACCAGGGUCUUGUGUUCCUGUUACUCACUUCCAACGUAACCUCUUCAAGUUCAUCCACUUACAAACUUGAAUAUGCCUUACAUAAGCCACAAGAAGGACUUUUUCAGAGAGUGCCCGUAGUUGUAGCCAAUCUAGGAAUGGCAGAACAGCAAGGUUAUCGAACUGUGUCUGGUUCCUGCAUCUCUUCGGGCCUUUAUAAAGUGAUCGCAGAACACAGGUCAGAAUUCUUUAAUGAAGAUGGGUCUCUAAAAGAGGUUCAUAAGAUUAAUGAAAUGUAUUCUACUUUGCAGACAGAACUAAAGAAUCUGUGCAGUAAAGUAGUGGAUAGUGAAAAAUCAGUAGAAAAUCUGUUAUCACAAAUAGAUCAGCUGAGGCAAGAAAUAAGAAGCAAAAAAGAACAAAAGAAAACUACAGAAAAAGAUAGAAAUUACUCAGAGGAGCCAAACGAGAAUAUUUUUCUCUGUCAAGCUAUGCAGCACUUUUUCCCAAAUUCUGGGCUGCAGACAAGCAUGGUUACUUUAAAAGGAAGGCAGAUUUCUAAGCAGGAAUGCACAGCUGACCACAACAUCAAAAUCACGGACCAGUUAACUUUAAUGAUCAAAGAAAGCAAUUUCCCUGAAGCAGACACGAGGCAGGCAACGAAGCGAAAAGCUAUUGUGAACACAAGCGGGCCAAAGACAUGCAAAAGACUGCGGUCUUUCUACCUUAAUCAAAAACUAUUUCAGGAGGACCAGGAAAGUAACGACCAAGAAUUAAACGUUACGAGUAACACCAAAGCAACUGAAGAUGUGACCCCCUGAUGGGCGUACACUGUCUUCAACUCUUGAAUCCCUUCCAGUGACAAAGAGUUUUUGUUGUUGUUGUUAUUCUCACCUCAUUGCUGCUACUUAUGUUAUUAGCACACUUCAUUAAUACAUGGAAUACUUGAGUCAACGUUUUGGAAAUAAAACAUCGCCCUUUUAAACUGGCAUCAUUCUUA